AUGUGCAGUAUUGAAAUUUGUGGUCAAACGAGAUCCUUUUUUUAUUCACUGCUUAUAACUGCUUAUCAGUCUCUCAUUAUACUGUCAACAUUAUCAUCACUAUCACCAUUGUUAGUAUCAUCAUUUGAUCCGAAGACAUCCCACUUGUCAGUUUGCUUCAGCUGUGCUUCUACUGCAUAUCUCAAUCUAUGGAAUCAGCUUAUGCAUCAUUAUUUUCCCCCAAAAAAUUUCACUGAUCGUUGCUGGGAACCGGAUUCCGAAAUUGGUACCGUCCCAUGUCGUGGUUCCUGUUUUAUCUUGGUCGAAGAGAUCUAUGAACAUUUUUCAACGCAUGCAGUAAUGCGUGGUUGCGUGAAUCGGUUUUUGUUGUUUGGUCUCGAUGAGGAUAUCCGCGGUGCAUUAACUGAUAAAUCAGAAUGCCGCAUAACUGAUCGACGAUUGUUUCAUCUCGUGGCGCUCACCCCACAAACUGACCUCGUAAUGAUGUGCUCAUGUAUGGGCUCAUUAUGCAAUUAUGCCAAUAUGGACCACAUCCUGUCGAUAGCUGUUCCCUCCGCAUAUAAUGCAUUCCUUUCACUCCUUGUGCUGGUAAAUGCUGCUUCAACCCAGCCGACAACAGUAGGUCAGGAAAACAAGAAUAAAGUGGAAGAGAUAAAGGAUAUGAAGAAAGAUGAAGAAAUGAAAAUUGAGAGGAAAAAAGAUGAAGAGCAAAAAAAGGAGAAAAAAAAGAACAACAAAAAAGAGGAUGAAAAAAAAAGUAAAAAAGAGAAGAAAAAUGGGCAAGCAGAAAGGAAGGAAGAGACAGAAAAGGUUGAAGAGGAUCGGCAGAAUGAAGCAAAUCCGAUCGUAACACCUGUCUCAGAUGAGGAUGAGGUAAUACUUUCAUUCUCUUCGAUACAUUUCCACUGUUCACUUCAGAAAAAAAAAUAUUUAUUUUUACAGUUGCCUGCGGAAACACAGAAAACAGAAAAGGGAUUUACUGUGAAUAUUACUCAGGAUGAGUUACCUGCAAAAACACAAAAAAAAGAAAAGGAAUUUGCUGUGAAUGUUACUCAGGAGGAGAAGAAAGAGGUAUGGAAAUGA